GUUGGACCAUAUCUGUCUCAAUCUACGGCGUGCCUUCCCGCAGCCUACAGCUUCCUCCUCACCCUGCGCGGGGCUCUGCAAACGCCCCCACUCUCCUGGUGCGCCCUGUACUUCUUCUCCUCCGUGAAUGUCGUUUUAGGCCUACCUAUGUGACGGUCGUUUCUUAAGCCAUUCCGGCAAACCGCAUCCAUCGUUACCAGCCCAUCCUUCCCACCGCGGCUUCAUCUCUUAGCCCCGCCAUCACCUUCCAACUUCAUCUUCUCCACCACAACAAAUUCUCCUUCGUAUCCAUCCUGCCAAUCACCCCGUAAUGGGAGUCUCUCGCUUCUCCUCACCAGAUCUACCUUCCCCGUGCUCCGUCUAGCGCCUUCAUACCGUCUGAAGACCUCCAGCCUAUUGGCUCUGUUGACAAAACACCCGCUGCAUGUCCCGCAGCCCCACUACCUCUUCUCAGCCAAUACUCUACUCUUCACCAUGAACGUAGGUGACCACGUCGCCGAACACACUCAUAAGCUGCGUAAAGCACUCACUAAGGCUAUGCAGAAUCGCAGGCCUGCCUGGCGCCGCCAUGCCGCGAGGCCCAACUGUACCCAUAUCGACAUGGAUCGCAUCUUCGGAUACCACCAAUGCCAGUCCUGCGGAAAGUUCCCCUCCAUGGGUUGGCUCUACACAUGCCGCCAAGACGAACGAUUCGCGGAACCCCUCCCGUUCAUUGAUCACAUCCUCGAGAAUGAGUCCACCUUCAAAUCCUUAUUGCGCGCCGAGCUGGAAUAUCUCGGCCUAAGCAGAUCAGUCGUCCAGACCGCCGAGAAGGGUGGCUACACGGUUGAGGAGUUGAACAAAAUUAAAGACCAGAAGAUUCGCCUCAACCAGGUCGUCUCUCACGGAAAUGAGAGUCCUCGGAGCAAGGAAAUAGUGGGGCUUGGGAUAAACGCUGAAGCUCAUAAGAGAAAAGACUCGGGUAUGGAUCGACCGUCUUCUGAGAAUGAUCCUCCAACCACAAAUGACGGCGCUAGAGACUCUGCAGAGAACCAGCAGCCCCAGGACGAAAUCUCCCCGCUUCCGCAGUCCACCCCAUCCACCUCGACUAGCCUCAAUGAGCCAGACCAGGCUCUCAAGAGCAAGAUUUCAAAAUACCCACCAUGCCAAUUGAAGGUGUGCCAUGCUUGCCGACCAUACUACAAGGAUCGCAUCUAUAUUUCAUUCGGAGCUAUUUUCGCCAAUGAAGUUCCUGCAGUAACAGCUGACGAGGCUAUGGAUCUUCCUGUUGCCAAUGCCGAGAUUGUUCGCAACAUUGGUUUACGCCCUCGACAGCAUCGAUUGCUCACCGAUGACAGCGGCGAAUUUCUUGCCAGCUACGACAGUCAACACACCAUCACGACUACCCGUUCCGAGCGAGAGGAUCUCCGUAUUAUGAGGCAAGGCCCGCGAGACUUCUAUAAACUCGGCUCUAGUCCUUCAAACGAGCUGAGACGAGAGUUCCAGAAGAUCAGUCUGCGCAGCAGUCUGAAGCAAGCUUUCAAUGGCCUGUUUCGCCCAUGCAGGGACCCUUCCUCCGAUGGAUCAAACAUCACACUGCCUCUAGCGCGCACUGGUAGACACCGUGGUGGAUGGGCGGAUGAGACUGACGAUUUCGAUCUCGGGUCACUCAAGCGAGUUCGUAGUCACAGGCGGCUUGCCAUCGAGCAGGAAGGCUCCCUGACUACCAGCGGCGGAUUCACGUCAGACAUCAGUAUCAGCGAAGACCAUCUAGAUGCUUCUUCCUCUAGCUCUGAUGCCUGCUCCGAGUAUUCUAGUUUGUCUGAGGGCAGCGAGGUUGAGGUUGAAGGCGGUGUGGCGUUGCUGGAGGAGUCUGUGGAGAAACUUACACCGGAUAUAAUCACCGAGGAUGAAGAGCAAAUCAUGACUCAGGUAUAGGUUUCUGCAGUCCUUCACAAGCACUGUACCACUCCCAAAACUGUCUCUUCCACAGUAUCGCGACGGCGAGACGGAGCGAUAAUCACUCUCCAGGAUUUCCCUUGUUUUUCUCUCCUUCAUCUUCCUUCUCAGAGCACUAUCGCACCCGUGAUGGGACCUCUAUUUUGCAGUACUUGACCGAAUUGUAAUACCACGACCUGCAUAGCACCGGGGGCGGCGUCGAAACGGGGAUAAAUGGAUCCACGCAUUGGGGGGCUUCUUGAAUUUACAUUGACGGCGUCUUCAAAGGACGGGAAAGACGGUCUAAAGCGUGCGGCUUCAGGGCAGCAAUGGUAGUAAUCAAU